AUUAUUUUUGUUUGAGAUUGAGUUCAAUAGACAUUCAAGAUGAGUGAUAUGAAUAAUUGCAAACCUGAAAUGUGUAUUAAGAAUAAAGAUAAUUUAUACAGGCUCAUAAUAAGUCAACUCUUAUAUGAUGGUCAUUCCAUAAUUGCAUCAAUGUUAGCUGCCCAAGUAAACGCUGAUCCACCUUGUUCUCCAUCGGAUCGACUCAUGAGUGUAGUGACAAAAGGUUUACAACAUGAAACCUAUAGACAAAAAGAAACCGAACAAGCAUUAAACUUAAAUCCAAUUCAGCAAAUGUUAAUUGGACCAGGCAUUGACUUAGAAUUUGAAACUAAUGUUUUUUGUACUGCUCCUGAACCGUCGCUGUAUGAAACUAUAUAUGUAACAGCCCACAAAGGACCCUGCAUAGCUGGUGCAUUUAGUCCAGAUGGUCAGUUAAUUGCAACAGGCAGCAGUGAUGCAUCAAUAAAAAUUUUGGAUGUUGAAAGAAUGUUGGCUAAAUCACAUGAUAUUGGCAGUACUGAUAAUCAAGAAGGACAAGGUCAUCCAGUAAUCCGGACUUUGUAUGAUCAUCUGGAAGAAGUGACAUGCUUAGAGUUCCACCCUACCAAGCCAAUUUUGACUUCGGGCUCUCGAGAUGGUCAUGUUAAACUUUUUGAUUAUUCAAAAACAUCUGUUAGGAAAGCCUUAAAGACAAUUAUCGAUGUCGAACCUAUAACAUGUAUAAGUUUUCAUCCUGGUGGAGACUAUAUGGUAAUGGGUACCAAUAGCCCAAUCAUAAGGUUUUAUGAUAUAAAUACAGUUCAAUGUUAUGUUUGUUCAGUUCCUAGUCAUCAACAUACUGGACCUGUUACAUCAAUAAAGUAUGAACCAGGUGCCAGGUAUUUUGUGUCUUCUAGUCGAGAUGGUUCAAUUAAAUUGUGGGACGGUGUGUCUAAUAAAUGUGUUAACACAUUUGAUAAAGCACAUGAUGGAAGUCAAGUGUGUUCUGUGACAUUUUCAAGAAAUGGAAAGUACAUCUUAUCAUCAGGCAAAGAUUCUUUAGUGAAACUUUGGGAGUUAUCCACUAGUAGAUGUCUGGUGAUAUAUACUGGAGCAGGAACAACUGGAAAACAAGUACAUCGUACACAAGCAUUGUUUAAUCAUACCGAGGAGUAUGUCAUGUUUCCAGAUGAAGCCACUACAUCUUUGUGCGCAUGGAAUGCACGCAAUGCUUCUCGGCAGCAACUUUUAUCUCUAGGCCAUAAAGGACCUAUUCGUUCAAUUGUGCAUUCCCCAAAUUCAACAGCAUUUUUGACUUGUUCAGACGACUUUAGAGCCCGUUUUUGGUAUAAAAGACACUAGA